CGAUCAGAAAUUCUAACUCGCUACAUGUUAGACUGAAGUGUGUGAAAGUAUUGUUGAAGGUCUUGCGCGUGCACUGCAACAUUUAAGCGCAUUUAUGGACUAAUGGACAGACAAAUGAGACGAACAAAGCAGAUCCUAAGCAAAAACAAUGAUAAUGAGGUUUGAGCAGCACAGACUGUUGCGUGUCACAGUUCUGUGAAGAAACAGUCAGACUUAUGGGAGAUUUGCUUGGGGAUCGGAGGGAUUGCAUGAAGAACGAUUGAGAGAACAGAAGACUGAUGACAGUAAGGUUAAAAUCUCUUUGUACCCGAUGAAGGAAGAUGUUGGGCAUGGAUCAGGGUGUAGUGGAGGAGUGGCUGUCGGAGUUUAAGACUCUUCCAGAAUCAUCGGUCUCCAGCUAUGCAACCUCUCUGAAGGAGAAAGGAUCUCUGGUUCCAGCGAUCUACAAGGUUAUACGGGAAAAUUACAGCGAUUUAUUGGAGCCUGUGUGUCAUCAGCUCUUCGAGUUUUACCGCAGCGGCGAGUCGCGUCUUCAGCGUUUUACGCUGCAGUUUCUCCCGGAGCUGGUUUGGAGUUACCUGUCCGUGAGUGCCGGGAGAGACCCUCACUGCAGCGGGUGUAUAGAAGCUCUUCUGCUCGGCAUCUAUAACCUGGAAAUCGUUGAUAAAGAUGGGCAGAGUAAAGUGCUGUCGUUUGCCAUCCCCUCCUUAUCUAAACCAUCGUUGUACCAUGAGCCAUCUUCCUUCGGCUCUCUGGCCCUGACGGAAGGAGCCUUAGCCAAUCACGGCUUGAGUCGAGUGGUUUACAGCGGUCCCCACCUCCAGAGAGAGACGUUUACAGCGCAGAACAGGUUCGAUGUCCUGACGUUUUUGAUGUUGUGUUAUAACGCUGCUCUGAGCUACAUGAGCACUUCAUCUCUUCAAUCUCUCUGUCAGCUCAGCUCCAGGGUCUCCAUCUGUGGGUAUCCACGGCAACAGAUGCGGCGGUAUAAAGGCAUCAGUUCUCGUCUGAUGGUGACGUCUGAGUUCCUGGUGCAGCUGAUCACAGGCAUUCAUUUCGCUUUGUGCAGCGGAGAUGUGGACCUGGCGUCUAAUGCCCUGGAAGAUGUUCUGUACCGGGCACAACUGGAUCUCUUCCCAGAAGCUCUGCUGGUGGGAAACGCCAUCAAGUCUUCUCUUCACGGUGCUUCUCUCAAGUCUAAUAAAGAAGGAAUUCGAUCCAUCCAGGUGGAAAUCACACCAACGGCCUCUCGGAUCUCACGGAACGCCGUCACCAGCCUGUCCAUCCGAGGGCAUCGCUGGAAACGUCACGACGCAGUGGAUUUGGGUUCCCCGGAUGAGCUGACGGGGAUCGCGGAGGUGGAUGAGGGCAUUUGUACACAGGCGUCCGGCGGGCGGAGCAGCCCACCGACGAUAGUCGUCAGCAACAGCGCCGGUACUGUAGCGACGGCUAGCGGCGGAGCUGGAAAGCUGGCUGGAAAAGGUCUGCGACGCCUGACGGGCAGAUCCAGCAAAGAGAAGGACAAGGAGAAAGACAAGGAGUCCGCCACGAGCCUGGAUCCUCUCUCUCGUAAGCAGGCCGCCGUACGGGCGAUGAGCGAGAACCUCGAGCUCCUGUCACUCAAGCGACUGACGCUGACGGCUAGCCAAUCGGUGCCCAAGAGCGGCUCGCUCAGCCUGUCCCGCACCGCCAGUGCCGUCUUCUCGCGCUCUUUCGAGCAGGUCAGUAACGCGCUGGGCGUCACCGCCGGCAACCAGCCGUCCAGCCGUGCUCAGAGUCCCAUCUUGAACCAUGUCUCAGAGGGCCUCCUCCGAGAAGAGGGCAUGACCUAUUCAGAACACCUGAGCCCCGCCCAUCGGCAGCGCUCGCCCACCAUUAGCAACCAUGUGACCUCUGACCUGUGACCUCUCAGCCCUGCCCCAUAAGCUGUGUUCCACUCUACAAAGGACAGAUCGUACUUGUUUCCACACUAGAUAUGAAAGGCCACUGUCGUCCCAGAAAUGCGACUAAAGGGGAAAAUCCUGAACUUGGCACUUCUGCCCCUUUGUGGCACAAAACUACAGCACCUUAAAAUGAAAUCGUUUUUUUCCUACGGUUUUGUCAGUUGUGUAUAAUUCCCAAAGUGAUGUAUUUUUGAAGUGUUUUUAUCAUGUCCUUCAAAGCGUCCAUGAAGUCAACAUGUUGUCUCUGUCGGUACGAAAGUUUACAUGUGUGUGAAUGUUUGAAAAUGAGCUGUACUGUGGAUUUUUAAAGCUGUAUCUAUGUGUGUUUGGGAAGUUGCAUGCUUGGGAAAUGAUUUACAAACGAUGAUCAAAUGCUCCUUUUAAGACAUAUUAAAUGUGGUAAAAUGAGUGUGUGUGUGUGUGUGUAUUUGUGUGUUUGCAGCUCAAACAUUCUCAAAUUGUAGAAUGGAAACCCUUCAUUUCCCAGCAUUCACUGGGAUUGAAGUAAAGCCAUCACUUCACAUUGUUUCUGUGAAAACGCAAUCAGACAAGCCGAACUGAAAAUCAGGAUGAGCUAGAUUCUAAAUAAAAGUAGAUGUGAUUGUUUGUUGUUAUUCAUUCUGUAUCUCAAAAGCAAUAUAAUUUGAUUUGCAGCAUGUAAGAAUUCCUGAGGCCAUACUAGAUGUUUUAUUGACACAUUAGAGAGAUGGUCGGUAAUUGUGUUUUCCAAUAUUUGAUAACCGGUAUUAAACUAGUUAACCAGAUGCUCAUGUGUCAAACUGAUGUCAUGCUUCACAAAAAAGCACAACAUAGAUGAGAGACCCAUUAAACAGUGUGAUGAUACGACUGUAAUCCUUCCUUACAAUGAAGAGUUCGGAGUCAUUUGACUUGGAUUGAUUUUGCCAUCUUGUAUUAGUACAGCGUUCUUAAACAGCACUGUCUAUUGUUUUAUUCCUUGUUUUUGGAAAAAUGCAUAUUCUUGUUUUUGUCGCAGCGGUUUGUGCUUAUAUUUGAAGUGGAACAACAAAAAUUGUGGUUUGUCUGUAUUCAGAUUAUUUUUGAAAUGUGAACAUUUUAUCGUGAAUUGUAAAUAUUAUUGUACUUUUUGCCUUUCUUCAGAAAAUAACAUGGUUACAGUCUGAGAAAAUAAAGAUUUCUAUUUCAAGAUGC